AUGUAUCGACUUAUUGUAUUACUACUAUUAAUAUGCUUGUUUAUCAAACAGAAUAAUGCUGAUUUCGAAUCAUCUGAUAUCGCAGUCGACACCGAUCCCUAUGCUUCUACACAGAAAUGCAACUGGAAGAAAUGCAAAGCGCAUGGAUUUCCAAAUUCUACUUUUGGUUAUUCAGUAGAUUGUUGUACUUUAUCAGUACCUUUAAAUUAUGCUCAACCAAAUGAAACUAUUAACAUUUCUAUGACUCGAUUCAGCCCGGGUGGACCGUACGCAAGUACAAAAAAAAAUACACUUUUUGUGUUAAGCGGUGGACCAGGUCAAUCAGGUUGGGAUCUAUUUUAUGAUACACAGUUGAUUCCAGCUAGUUAUGGUAUUACUCUGAUUUUACCAGAUCAUCGUGGUACUGGAUUAUCAACACUAUUAAGUUGUGAUGAAAAUGGAUCACAAGAUGUAAAUGUUGAUUGUAUUAAAUAUUUAAAAUCAAAAUAUGGUGUUAACGGAUUAAAGCAAUUUUCCGUCACAUCAGCAGCACAUGAUUUAUCUAUACAAAUCCAGGCCUAUAAAAAGAAUAAUCCUAGUCGAAUUGCUAUUUAUGCUGUAAACUAUGGCACAUUUUGGUUAAACCGAUUCUUACUCAUUUAUCCGAACUUAACUCAUUCGGCUGUUAUGGAUGGUCUUUUUCAUCCUCUUUUAAGUUCGGUUAGUCGAAAUGAUCUAGGAGUUGCAACAAUAAGUUAUGAAUUCUUGAAAUAUUGUGAACAACAAGUAGAAUGUGGUCAACAUUUUCCAGUUAAUCAACAGCCUUUCAAAAUGCUCCAGAAUAUUCUUCACCAAAUGGACUUGAAUAAUCAAAUUUGUUUUAAAAAACAUUUAAUCAAAUUUAAUUUAAAUUCGGAAACUCUUCGAACUUUAUUCUUCAAUUUAAUGGCAAAUGGAAAUAAUUAUUUUGAUCGUACUAUUAUACCAGCUGUUAUAUUUCGUUUAAAUCGUUGUAAUGCAGAUGAUGUAAGCAUUCUAAAACAUUUCUUUCGUGUUAGUUUGAAAGCUACAAAUCCUCCUUCCAAUCCAAAAAACCCGCCUGGAUUUCUGUUCUCUAACGUCACAAAUUUUAAUAUUGUCGAAUCAGAAAUUUAUUUAGCAAUGAAUGAAUCUGAUGUUGAUAACUCAGUUAUAAAGAGAUGGUAUAAUGCAACUGUUUUUGCACAAAAAAAUCCUAUAAAAUAUAAUGUAUUACGUUCACAAUGGCCAAAAUAUCGAUUAGAUCGAUAUCGUUAUAAAAUUUCAUCAUAUUCACCAUUGUUGAUGAUAACUGGACAACUUGAUGCCACAUUAAUUACUUAUCAUGCUGAGCUUUUAGCAUCGAUUACAACGAAAACACGAACAUUUUAUGAAAUUCCUCUUGCUGGACAUAUUACAUCCACUCUUGCUCAAGUUGGUUAUACUUGUCCAUUACAACUAAUUUGUUCUUGGUUAUUUCCAUCUGUAUUUCCAAAGGACUGGAAAAAUCCUAGUUGUAUUCGUGAUCUACCAGUAACAAUUGACUUUGCCGGAGAAACAAGUCACGGACGAGAUAUUUCGAUGAAAUUUUUCAAUAUAAGUCACCCUUUUGGUCCAAAUAACUACGAUAUUUAA